CAUCCAGCCAAGUACGAAUCGAACGCUCGAAGUGAGCGAAUACCCAAGAAACGAAACUCGAAGUAAAAUCCAAAAAAUGUACGCCAAAGUGUGUGUUCUCCUGCUGGCCGUUGGCCUCAGCCAGGCCUUCGUGCAGGAGCCCGUGGUGUUGCCGCAGGAGCAUUUAAUGCGUCUCGUGAUGCAGUCUCGUGACCUUGGCAGCGACUCUUCCCACACCAUGGACUGCCUCGCCUACUAUGUGCCCGCGAUGAAUGCGGUGUCAGAGCAAUUCGAUACGGACACUAAGCUGUGCCUCAGCGAGGCUCAGGCCAAGGCUGAAGCCAUCAAAGAUGCCACACAGCCCAACCGUACCGCCAUCGAGGACUCUGGCACCAGUUCCUGCUCAGCCCUGAAUGCGUGCAGCAACAUCCAAGACGCCGAAUCCUACUUUAAAUGCACCGCCGCAGCUGGUUCCGACAAUGCCAAGUCCAUGUUCACCAUCUCCGCCAACUCCAACGAGUUGGUGUCCCAGAUCCAGGAGACCACCCGCCAGAUUACUGUGUGGCAAUAUGACUGCACCAACCAGACGGCGCGCGAAUAUGCCGAGAACUCUGCCGUCGUCUACGAGUCGAUGAACGCUUGCCUGGCCGGUGCUGAUGUGCCAACGACUGGAGCCACCCCGGAUCCGACCACCGCAUCCACACCCGCACCUACCACGGAGUCCACCGCUGAGCCAUCCACCGAGUCCACUGCAGCUCCAUCCACGGAGUCCACUGCUGAGCCAUCCACCGAGUCUUCUGCAGCUCCAUCCACCGAGUCCACCGCAGCUCCGUCCACGGAGUCUACCGCAGCGCCUUCCACGGAGUCCACCGCAGCUCCAUCCACGGAGUCUACCGCAGCGCCUUCCACUGAGUCCACCGCAGCUCCGUCCACGGAGUCCACCGCAGCUCCGUCCACGGAGUCCACCGCAGCUCCAUCCACAGAGCCUACCGCAGCUCCGUCCACCGAGUCCACCGCAGCUCCGUCCACAGAGUCCACCGCAGCGCCCUCCACGGAGGCGUCUACAACCGAGAAUUCGGAAGACAACAAGGAGUCGGCACCGGAAGAGGAUUUGAGUCAUUUGAUCACCAGCAUCGAGACCAAGGGCAAUGCUGAUGUGCAACAGAUUCUGAAGAACAUUCAGCAGUGGCUGAAGCGUUUUUAGGAGCACCUGGAGCAACCUCCGAACUUUCGGCAUAGAAGCCAACAAUAAAAGAGCAUCAAAGUAUU